CGACCCCGCUCAUCUACUUCCAUUCUGCCGUGUAUCGGUGCUUAGGAUCUGCGGAAAUUAAAAAUUAAUUAAGGGAAAAAAAAAAAAAAAGACGGGUCGACUGCUACUCUCGGUUAUCAGAUAUCCAAGGAUAUCCAAAAUGGGUGCCGUAAGAAGAAUUAAGACCAAGCGCAGGACAAGAGACUACGAUCAAGUCCGACAGGAUCUCGGUUCUCCAAAGCAUCUUGCGCAGUACAAGGCCACCAAGGACGCGGAGGACCUCCCUGGUCUCGGGAGACACUACUGCGUCGAGUGCGCAAAAUGGUUUGAAAGCGAAUACAACCUGCAAGCCCACACGAAGGGGAAAAAUCACAAAAGGAGACUCCGUCUUUUGCGCGAGGAACCUCACACACAGAAAGUUGCAGAAGCUGCAAUAGGCUUGGGAACAGAUAACGGCCAGCGAGCUGAGCGUGUAGACAUGGAGGACUAAGCUGGAGUACCAUACUGCCAUGAAGCGACUGGCAUGAGCUUCAACUCACGCAGUCUACGGACUUCCGUAUGCAGAUACGACAAUGCAUUUAACGACCACGUCAAUAAUAAAUAAGCAAUAAUAAUGCA